AUUGGUGGAGGCCGAUUCCAGCGACCAGUUCAAUUUCAUCCAGAAGCUUACGUAGCACGUUCCUGUGACUUCAUUUGUAGCGGGGAAUCCAUUUGUCAACAUUCUUUAAACAGUAUACGUAUAUUAUUCCAAGCUAUUUCCAAGAUGAGAUUAAUUUAUAUAACCACCUUUCUGGCUACAACAAUUUGUUGUAUUGCGGGUAAGGAGGCUGUUGCAGCACCACAAGAUAAGGAAAUUAAGGGUCAGCAGACAACGGAUAAAACCACUGAUGUUCCCAAAAUUUAUCUUAGCACUGAACCUUCUAACACUACUGCUAAUAUUAAUAAAACUAACAACAUUAUCACUGCUCCUCCUGCUAGGAAUAUUGCAGAAGAUCCUUUUUCUGUUAUCACUGAAACUACACCUAACACUACUAUUCCUAAUAACAUUACCAUUGAGUCAGCUCAGUCUGCUUCUUCCUUACCACCAACUAAAAUUGUGCCAACAUCAACUUCAACAAACACUACAAAAACAGUACCUCCAGUAACAACUGAGAUGCCUGUACCCACGGUUACUGACAGUCCAACAACAGUUCCACCUCCACCUGCAACAACAGCAGUUCCAGCAUCAACAAAACAAGCUCCUCCAUCACCAUCCAAGGAAAGACACUUUGAUGGGCUCAGUUUCUUAGGAGGAAUUAUUUUGGCUACAUCUUUGAUGGCUAUUGGCGCACUUUCAUGGAAAUUCUAUAGGACAUUCAACGAACGGAACUAUCGCACUCUAUGAUGCCGCAGAAGUCGUCGCUAAAAGAAUUCCAUUUUCAAGUAAACGCAAUCAAUCGAACUGAAAACUAUGAAUUUCACCGUUCCAGUAUUGCGUAUUUUUAUAACGCACUUAAGUGGCGCGAGAUUUAAGUGCUCUUAGUAAUGUGAUGUGUAAACGCGCGGUUUUCUUUGUACUAAAAUAAGAAAAAGCAAAAAAGAUUACGGGCUAUAAUAUUGUUUUCUCUGGACGCGCAUCGGGAAGGACGUACGUGGACAUGCGCAAGAGUUGACCAAUCAAAUCCGCAUUCCAAGGAGAUCAAUUCUACGGAAUAACGAUCCAUGUAUUAUUUUGUUUUUAAAUAAUUGUAUAGCAGCGAGUAUGGAGGCUUUUUUUUA